UGUCUUGGUUGUUCAUAUUUCCUGCAAGCAAUUGCCUCAGAUGUGCACUGAGGAGUUGGUCAUUUCAUAUACGCGUCUUUAUGCAUAUUUUCACAAAAUUUUCAUAAAUUUUGUUCUUAUUCAGCGUUCGCUUCCUCGAAGACAUGUUUGGAUUAAGCAAGCAUCAAUCAUCAUCAUCAUAUAUGAUGGAUGUACAAAGCAAACUGAGAUUAGUUCUUGGGUCAGUAAAAGAUCAAGCAUCAAUAAGCAAAGCCAUGAUAUACAGAAAAGAUGGUUAUUUAUCAGACAUAGAAAUCGCUAUUUUACGUGCAACAAGCCAUGAUGAACACCCUAUUGAUGAUAAACAACUUCAUGAAAUCCUUUUUCUUGUAUCAAACUCAUCUCCGUCUUCCAUUUCAAUCCCAUACCUCUCUCAGAAAAUCUCGAAUCGUCUCCGUAAGACCAAGAAUCAUUUCGUUGCACUCAAAAUGCUUUUAUUGGUACACCGUCUGCUCCGUGGUGGUGAUCGUAAGUUUGAACAAGGCUUUCGAAAAUCUCAUCUUAAUGGUCAUCUUGAAAUCUUAAGCCAACACCAUCGCCGCCACCACCACCACCUCAACCAUAAUUAUUUCCUCCAUAAUUAUGCAAGUUUUAUAGAAGAAAGAAUGAGUUGGUUCAUGAACCAAGCUGGAAAGCUUGAACCACAAUAUGAUAAGAACACAACGGAGAUUAAUCUUAAUCUUCGCGGGUUACCGAAGCUUCAACUCUUUCUUGAUCAGGUAUUAAAUUGCUCUUCCGUACUAGAUAUCAUAUCUACUUCUGACAGUCUUACUCGAGCUGCCCUGCAUAAUAUACUAAAAGAGACUUCGCAAGUUUAUAACAACUUCUGUGAUGAAGUUGCAAUUCUUGCGAAUUCGUUUUUCGAUCUCAAGGAUCAUGCGAUACAAGCUCAAGCUCUUAAGUUACUUAAGAAAGCUUGUCGACAGAGUAGUGAACUAUCUGAAUUCUUCCAGAAGUACAAUAGAGUAGUAGGUAGUAGUAGUACUAGUAUGAAACUGGCAUUGAAGUUUCCAACUACUAAAAUUAUCACAAUUGAUCAUGUUUUGGUCAUGGAACAAUAUGUAAAUGACAACAACAUGGGAGAAGUAAGUAGUUCCAUUUCGAUUGUAGACGAUGAUAAAUCGGUUAUAAGUCAUGAAGAUUCUGAAGUUCCUGAGGAAUUAGCCAUUGGUACAUCUUCCACCACUUCUCUAUUCUCAUGUAAAUUGGAGACACAAAUAAGUACAGAAUGGGUAUUGUUUGAUGAUUAGAACUAAUUGAUUGCCUUCAGUACAUGCAUGGAUGAAUGAUUGAUGAUUUUGUUUUACUUUUACCCCCUUUUCAUUCUUUGUUUUUUCGCCACCAGAAACUGGGGAAAUUUUGACAUUGAGAAGAAACCCCAUGGUGUUCUCCUAGUACGUUAUCGACUGUUUUCUACCAUAAAAUUUUCUCGAACACUGAUGAGAUUUUGCCAAACAUAGUCAAGCUAAUUUCACUCCCUGGGCAUACCUGCAACCCAGCGUAAAGAUCCCAGAAUAUACAUCAGAAUGCAUGACACAAGUAUGCAGGGGUUUAGAGGGAAGAAUGAUGCAGAACAUAUAUCGAGUCUUAGCAUCAGAAUGCACGACACAGUUAUGCAGGUUUAGAGGGAAGAAUGAUGAAUGAACUUAUAAUUUUUGUAUUACAUAUAGUCGUGAACUAGGAUCAUCAGCUAUAAUCAUAGUUCGAACUGAUAUGAUGAGCAUGAAUUGUCCCACAUAAGGG